GAGCUCAGAGCCAAAAAAAGGUUACGUCUUCAUGUCAUUGUUUUCUUCUUUCUCGGAGUGUUUCAAUUGCGGUAACAAUGGGCAGCCCGGGGAAUGAAGUUUACAGCAGUUUAGGAGGAACCUCAACUUGUUUGGAUGAAGUACCUUUUAAAAUUUCUCAGAAGUUUCAGUUCGUUGCUUCAGAAGAACUGUCCGCACUAUCAAGCUUCUAUGUGCCUGAUCACUCUGAGAUAAAAACACAGUAUGAUUUCACUCUGGAAAAGAAGGUUCUGGAAUGGCUGCGAGACCAUCCCCGAAGACAGCCUCCAAGGCUUCCACCAACAUGUCCACCAUUUUGGCUUGCUUUUUCCAAUCUUGGAGAAGAUGGCACAAAUAAUAAUUCCCAGUGCACUAAAGUUCAAAACGACCAUAUGGUUUUGCAGACCAAGAGGUUCAGGAGUUUCAGUGUGACAGACAUUAAAUAUGUUCGUGCUACCGCUGUACAGUCAGACUCAGAAAGUGAUGAUGGAUACUCGGAGGAUGAUGAACUGUCAUCGUCUGAUGAAAAUGAAAAGCAGAAGCUUCCUUCAGUGCCUCAUCUCAGGAACAAAUUUAAUCUUCAUUCCAGAUUGCUAGAUGGGAGACCAGCCUCGUCCCCUUUCAGUUCGGAUAGCUCUUCCAGCGGCCAGCACUGUGAAAGAUGUCUUAGUGCUAGUUUAACUCGACUCCCGCAUAUCUCUGACCAUAGGCCAUCACCUCUUUGCAACAGUAUUGAUAAUGAGGAAGAUGUUUGGAGGCAUAGAUCAAACUGGUCACAGGGACACACACCAAGAAAAUUUUGUAGAAAAUCUCUCUGUCAGCACGAAAACAACAGAAAUGGCAAGAAUAUGAACUCAGUGCAAAUUAUGAUUGGAAGUCCACCGUUAUCCUCUACGCGAUGUCACCUGGAAAGAUCAUUUAUGUUCAGGGCAAGAACUCCACUCAGAAAACACAAAUCACCACUUCUGACCCUCAGUAAGCAUUCCUGCCUUCCGGCGCCUCCGUCAACUCCAAGACCUUUAUAUUCUCACAAAACUCUCCCAGACUCUACUGCUGACCUACUACUGGCACUGAGUCAAAAAGAGCAGGACCUCAUCCAGCCACUGAUGAGACAGGGCUACCCAAUAAGCAGAGUGAUUUGGGCGAUCCAGAACGUGGGACAACAAAGCAGAAAGCAGAUCCUCAAGUAUUUGCGUGCCUGGGACCGUCUCUGUAAGGAGGGCUAUAAGGAGACGCUUGUGGAAGAAGCCAUGGAGAUCUUUCAGAAUUCAGAGGAAAAGGCAGUUGAAUUUUUGACAUUAAUGACACAGUUCGAUGAGAUGGGUUUUCAGCAUGAUGAUAUUAAAGAAGUUCUCCUCAUCCACAACAACCAUCGGGAAAAAGCGCUGGAGGAACUUAUGACACGUGCCCGAUAGUUGGAAAAAGUUACGAUUCUACCUGCUCUGGUUUUUGUGUUGUGCCGUUAAGCAGUCUAACCCCUGACCCUCCUAGAUGCAGCAUUUAUCCUUUAUAAAGUAUUUGAAAAUGGAUCUAUCCUAACACAAAAUAGUGAGAGAUUGCAUAGCUCUGAUUUGGAGUGGAAUCUGGACGUCCUACUAUAUGAAUAGCAAAAGGCUCAUUUGCAGGUACGCCAAGUUAUUAGGAAAGCUAAUAAAUAUUGUCUUUUAUUGAGAGGGUAGUUCAGUUCAAAAGUAGGAAGGUUUUGCUUUAGCUGUACAGGGGCCUGGUAACUCCAAAUCUGGAGUACUAUGUACAGUGCUGGUCACCUUACUUAAGGAAGGAUACAAAUACAUUGUUCACAGAAGGUUUACCAGACUAAUACCUGGAAUGGGUGUGUUUUCUUUUUCAGAAUGAUUGGAUAAACUAGGCUUUCAUCUCCUGGAGUUUAGAUGAGUAAAAGGUGACUUGAAUGCAAUGUUUAAGAUCUUGAGGGGCCUUUAACAGGGUUGAUGAGUUUCCUUUUAUGGAGAAUUUAUAUCCAGGGCUUGCUGUUGAAAAGUAAGGGGUUGCCUAUUUAGAGGCCAGACGCCAACUCUCUGACACCACCUCCUACCGCCCCCUCGAUCAUGACCCCACACCCGAGCACCAAACCAUCAUCUCCAACACCAUUCGUGACCUCAUCACCUCAGGGGACCUCCCACCCACAGCCUUCAACCUCAUUGUUCCCCAACCCCGCACAGCCCGUUUCUAUCUCCUUCCCAAAAUCCACAAACCUGCCUGCCCUGGUCGACCCAUCGUCUCAGCCUGCUCCUGCCCCACCGAACUCAUCUUCACCUAUCUGGACUCCAUUUUCUCCCCUUUGGUCCAGGACCUCCCUACCUACGUCCGUGACACCACCCACGCCCUCCACCUCCUCCAGGACUUCCAAUUCCCUGGCCCCCAACACCAGAUCUUCACCAUGGACGUCCAGUCCCUAUACACCUGCAUUCCGCAUGCAGAUGGCCUCAAGGCCCUCCGCUUCUUCCUGUCCCG